GGUCAGCGUUAUUGAGUGGCCGGGCGAAAAUAUACGUGCAACAUGACUGCGCUCUAUAUCGGUCGAUUCUAAGGACAUUGUCCAGUCUCUGAACCACCCCGCGAGCCGGUCAGUAAUGCCGCGGCGACACUCAGCGACGUAUCAUCACGACGUUUUCCAUCCACGAGCUUCCGCGGCCAGCAGAACCGCCGCUUUCGCGCCAAUUUCGUACAGGUCACCACGCUCGAAAGGCUAAACACGUGCAAUCGGGAUCGCCAGCGAUCGAUUCGCCAUGUCCGCCAUAAGAUCGUGCGCCUGAAGAAAUCGGGAGGAUGCCGGCCGGCAUUUCCACUCUGGCGCCGCCGACGGACGUGGGGUCUUUCGACCAUGAGGCGAAGAAUCCUCCGGCCUUCACGAUUCUGCAGAAGGAUGGACUGGAUUCAAGCCUGCCGCUCCUCCACAUCAAUGAGGAGGACGAAACGAGCGCGACGCGGCUCACGAAGCUCGAGAACAUGAGGAACGAUCUCUACAGUCGCCACAGGCGCAUCAGCAAAUCGAACGAUCACCUGGUCCUCGCUAGUCUGCAGUCGAACCAAACGAAUCCGCUGCGGAGGAAACAUCAGAGCAAGAGCCAGGACAGCCUGAGCGCCGAGGAGAGACCGGCCACGACUAAGAGCAGCAUCGCCUUGUCGACGGAGGACUUCAACGAGGUGCUGAAUGCCAAACUGAAGAAGAUCCAAGAGCAAGCCGAGGCCGAUCAGAGCCGCAGGUCUCCGAGGAAAUUGAUGUCGCAGAAGAAGCCGUUCAUCACGACCGUGAAGACCGGUGAAUUCCUAAUGCCGCCGCCGGAAGUGGCAGCCCUCCUCGGCAUCGCGCCCAUUGGAAACGACGAGGAAGCGACGACGACGACGACGACGGCGGCGGCGGCGGCGGACGGAUGUCCGCUGAAGAGCAAGUUCAAGUCGCUGGUGUCACUGGCCAAAAGGCCGGAAGUACGUCACAGCAGCCACAACGCGAGAUGCCCGGCCGCCCUCAAGGCCACCGUGGACUUCUCCCUCGGCAUGAUGAACGCCACCGCCAUCGCCGCCUCGACCUUGGACGAGCGGGUGAGGAGGUUCAAGAGGAGCGAGCCGGCCAGAUUCCCGCAGGCGCCGCGAGCUUUACCGAAAAAGUUGGAACCGAUCGAGGGCAUGACGAAUUCGCUGCCGAAGCUCCGCGGCGAUCAACCGGUUCCGUUCAGGAACAUCAUGUUUGAUCACCGCGUGGCUCGUGGAACUACAUGUGCUUCCGUACCUGCUCUCAUCGAUGGUGAACAGUCGAUCGCAGCGAGGCAAGCGGAAGCGAGACGAAGACACUUGGCGCGGAAGCGUGCUCAAGCUCAAGCUACCAAAGCGCUCGUCAUGAGGAUCGGCUCGCCGCCGCCGGUUCCCGGCAGGAAGCACGAGCCGGUGCAAACGGAAGUCUUUCUCGAGGAGCUGGCCGAGAAGCCGGACGAAUCCGAGGUAGCCACGCAAACCGACUACUUCUUGGAGAAACCGGUGACGCCGAGGUAUUGCGCACCCAAGACUGGUCAGGACGCUUGCACUCAAAUCGAACCCGGGGAGCUCUUCGACUACGACACCGAGGUUCAACCGAUUCUCGAGGUGUUGGUAGGCAAAACCAUCGAGCAAGCUCUGAUCGAGGUCUUAGAAGAAGAAGAAAUCGCCGCUCUCAGGGAGCAGCAAAGGAGAUUCCUCGAACUGCGCGAUGCCGAGAAAGCUGAAGAGCAACGAUUAGCGGAACAGGACAGAAGACUUAGAGAACAGAAGGAUCGACGUCUGAAACAACAGGAGCAGGCGAUGGAGGUCCAACAGGAAACCGAAGAGCGCGUCGCGGCGGCGGUAUUGUUAACGGGAUACAUCGCCGAACUCUUGCCCGCGGUUCUCGAAGGCCUGAAAAUGUCUGGCUACCUAUUGGACGAGAUCAAAGCCGAUGUCGAGGAAGGUUUCAUGCCGUGGUUAAUGAAGGAAGUGAAAAAAGAAAUGGGUAACAUGAUUGAAAGCCGAGAAUUACUGAUGGAGAUCAUCAGAGAGAUUUUGGAAAACCGCGCACAAACCUAUCGGCAACUCGGUGAGGAAUAUGACGCCUCGAGAGAGAAGAAAGAGAGAGUGGCCGAGGAAAGCGUGGAGGAGGGUGGUGGAGUUGACGACAACUUUGCGAAUUAUCAGUCACCGACGAUCGAAAACCAUGACGCGAUAUAGCGAGGUAAAUUAAUGCAGAGAUCUAAUUAAUAUUGACAAACUGAUACAAACUGAAAUUAAUACAACGUUCACAGCUGCGAAAAGAAAACAAAAUUUCUUUAGCGCUCAUGGUUUGCGUCAAGCGUAAUUGGAAAAUGGACGGAGCGAGAUCUAUAAUCCGACAGAGUAACUUUCGUGAUCGCUAUCACAAUUCGAUAGGCGUUAAUCAUGCGCUACGAUUGAAAAACGAACGGGCACGCCAUAGUUAGCUUUGGAUUUAGGGAUUCACCUUCGACCAGCACGGGACCAAUCUCCGAGCCCGGUGCCUUUUACAUUAAGCAGUGUACACAGCUGCGCGACAAAUCCAUCUCCUCCGCUCGAACCCCAUGACAGGUCAGCGCCGCGUUGGCGAUCCCCAUGGUAAACAGUAACCACCGCAAACGAACGAGAAAGACCCAUCAGAAAUUAAUUAUCGAUUCUCGAAGUCAGCGCGGCGUAAUCUGUCAUAAGAAAGAGAGAUGCAGCGGAAAAAAUAACUUUCGCCGCAGCAAUAUUUCUCCCGCGAAACAAUUUCCUUUUUUCUUUUCUCAUAUUUCCAUAAUAUACUCAAGUGUUUUUUUUAUACGAUAUCCCUGUUCAAUUAUUUUUAGAACGUAGUGUUAAUAACUUAUUUGUCUACAGUUUACAGUCUGGCUUGCGAAUG